GUGUCACGUGGGACCGACUCCCGCCGCCGCGGCCGCCUUCGUCUUUCUCUGUCUCGACUGAGGUAGCCAUCUUGCUCUUGCCGCGUGCUGGUGUUGGAGGACCCUCCUUGCUUCAGAUUUACCAACAGCAUGAAUCAAGAAAAGUUAGCCAAACUUCAGGCUCAGGUCCGGAUAGGGGGCAAGGGUACAGCGCGCAGAAAGAAGAAGGUGGUACAUAGAACAGCUACAGCUGAUGACAAAAAACUUCAGAGUUCUCUAAAAAAACUGGCUGUGAAUAAUAUAGCUGGUAUUGAAGAGGUGAACAUGAUUAAAGAUGAUGGGACAGUUAUUCAUUUCAACAAUCCCAAAGUCCAAGCUUCCCUUUCUGCUAACACCUUUGCGAUUACUGGCCAUGCUGAAGCCAAACCAAUCACAGAAAUGCUUCCUGGAAUAUUAAGUCAGCUUGGUGCUGACAGCUUAACAAGUCUUAGGAAGUUAGCUGAACAGUUCCCUCGGCAAGUGUUGGAUAGCAAAACACCAAAACCAGAAGACAUUGAUGAGGAGGAUGAUGAUGUUCCAGAUCUCGUAGAAAAUUUUGAUGAGGCAUCAAAGAAUGAAGCUAACUAAAAUUUUUUCUGGUUUUUGGAAGCUGGCAUGGACUAGAUUUAACAAAUCAGCUAUGUGGUUCCAAAGUUUUACAGACACGGAGAACAUCAGCUGUUACUAGUUCCGUAAUAUAAAUAUUUUGUAUAUUAAUAAUGCUGUUUGUUCAGCAUUUUUCGAUCAUUUGAUUUUGCAUUUUGCACUUCCUCCCAGGAUCUAUUCUUUUGGUCAAAAUACGAAGUGUUGGUGCAGUUUGAGGGUGUUUUGGGUUUUGAUUCUUGGUUUUUUUGUUUUGUUUUUUGUUGGGGUAUUUUUAGUGUGUGUAUGUGUAUGUAUGUGUGUGGGUAUGUGUGUAUACAGUGGAGAGCAAAUUGGAAAACAGUUUUAUUUAUCCUCCUCCUUACCCCAGUAGAAAUAAAACAAAUCUUUACAUUUGUUACUUUUUAUUUUUUCUAAUGAUGCACAGAAUUAAUGAAAAGUGAGUAUCUUGGAUUUCAAAUCAGGAGAUUUUACCCUUGGAGGUUUGGUUUUAAUUUGCUUCGUUAACAUAUUUCUCAUACAUUUUUCUGGGUUUAAAAUGUCUUGAGAUAUUUUGUCACCAGCUUCAUGCUGGCAUAAUGGGUAGCAUAUCUUUGGUGCAGUUGCCUUAGAUUCACUUACCUAGUUAGACCCAGAGGAAUUUCUUCUACUAGUUUUUGUCCUAAAUGCCUUGUUUUCUCCCCUUUUGGUCUCUAAAUGGCCUGGUUAGCCUUUAGUAAUGCUCUUCCUCAUCUUCCAUCUAGCCUGAGAAGGAUGUUCUCCAUAUAGAGUUAAGUGAGUGCCUAAUCCCUCUUUUUGUAAGAUUGUUCCCACAUCUUGAGGAACAACAGCUCCAUCUUCAACUUCUUAUUCUUUUGAUUUUACAGUUUGGUAGAUUUCAAACUGGAAUAGCUAGCAUGUGCUUGCUAAAUAAUUUUAUGCCAGCCUUAUCCUGUAUCCUAGCUGUUCUUAAUAGCAGGUGCAAAAAUGCCUCUUUUUCAGCAAGGUUGAAAUUGGGAAUGUCCUUUUGAAUCAGAAAAAAUGGGCCAUAGACUCAUUCCCCAGCACAAAUGGGCAUUCUAUGAAAUGGUACUGGCCCCAGGAGGAUUUCUUCAACCACUCCUCUACUCUUGGCCUUGAACCUACCUCUGGAUUGGAUCUUACUAUUGUAGCUGCUCAUAGCAUCCUCCUGCAUGCUUAGAGUAAUGCUUUGGGGGAACACUGGUAAAACACAGUAUUUAUUUUUUCACCUCCUUUCAGAGGACUUGGAGGUAAGUUGCAUUCAUUCAUUGACGCUUCCCUCUUGCCGUCUUAUAAAAGCUUGCACUUUGUUAUAUCAGCAUUUGUUAUAGCCAAUAUUUAAGGAUAAGAUUUAGAAAGUUUAUCAUGGCCCAUCAUCAAACUAUGGCUUAACCUUGCAGCAUAUCAACUUUUGUUUCAAGCUAGAUAUCUUUAUUUGAUAUCUCUAGUGCAAGACCAACAUAUCAAGAGAUCUAUAGACACGAAGGCAAAGGUCUUGUAUUUUUUUCCAUCCAGACACCUCAAUUUAUUUUAUACAUUUGUUGAUUUUUCCUGUUAUGUUUUAUAUAAUAUAUGGAGUUAACUACAAAAUAAAAUAACAGUAAUAAAAUAACAAAAGAGGAUAAUAUUUCCUCUUGUGCUUCUCUUUUUGUUGUCUACAGAAUUUACUUCUUUUGUAUUUUCCCUCUGUUCCUCACCCCCAAAUGAAUUUCAACCUAGUCUUUUUUUGAAAUUAUGCUUCAUCCAUUGUUAGAUCAGUAGCUCUACAUGGUCUACAUAGUCCAGAAUGCUGUUCCUCUGACUGUCCCCAAAGGGCACAUUGUGGGGCAGAGAGAGUUAAGGGGACUUCAAGUGGUUAGGGAAACUUAAGAGGUAGUAUACGAAAUGGGGGGAAGAAGCACUCAUGUGGAAUUCAGGAGAAUUGGAUCCUAGUCCAAACUCUGGCAUUAACCGUAUGACCUUGGGCAGGUCACCUAACCUAAUGACUUUGAAAUUCAUCAUCAGUCAAAUGAGAUGUUUCCAAAUCAACAUUUCUUCUGCUCCUGUAGUUCUGUGAAUCUCAUUUCUGAAAAUCCUCAAGGAGGUAUUUGAUCAUUUUUUCAGAAAUGUCUUUUUAUCAAUACUCAUAAAAGUUCUUCGUGUGUAUAUACUUCUUCCUCUUUUACAUUUUGAUCAUAUUUUAACUGCUCACCCAGAGGAGCUCUGGUCAGUAUUUCCUUUUAUCCUGUUGACAAUAACUCUUAAUGGCUGCCCUCUCUUGUAUACAAUGAGCCAAUACUCUUUUUUGUUUUAUAUUUUCAUACCUUCCCUUUUCCUGGACAAAGCAUAUCGAGAUCCUGACUCAACCCAAAGAAAUGUUCCUGCCUUCAGAGUGAGUAGGCAUAGAGAAAUACUGCUUGGAGAAGGAUGUCCCAUUCAACAUUGUUUUGCUGCUCAACAAUGCUCCGGGCCACCCCCCGUUCAUGGACGACUUUCAUCCCAGCAUCAAAGCAGUGCAUCUGCCACCGAAUAUUAUGUUGCUCAUCCAACCCAUGGACCAGGGAGUUACAGCGACUUUCAAGAAAUAUUUACAUCACACUUUUCAUCAGGCAGUAAAGACGAGUGACAAAUCAGAAACAACCUUGCAACAAUUUUGGAAGGACUACCAUCUACAAGGCCUUAAAAAACAUUGACUUUGCUUGGUGUGAGGUUACGGCUGUCACCGUGAAUGGGGUUUGGAAGAACAUUUGCCUGCAGUUUGUUCACCAUUUUCAUGGAUUUGGAAGGUGGAUGAGGAGUCCAAAGAGGUCUUCAGCAACUUAGUGACCCUCAGUGAAAAACUGGAGCUAGAUCUGCAAGAAGACUACUUCACUGAACUCCUUGCUGUGCAACACAAGGAGCUUACUAAUGAAGACCUGAUGGAAUUGGAGGCCCACAGAAAGGAUGAAGAGAGACAAGAGGAAGAAGAAGUAACUGAAGAACCAAAGAGAGUCAUGAUGCAGGAAAUGGCAAGGGGAUUUUCUUUAUUUGAGGAGGCACUGUUAGUUUUUGAGGCAUAGGACUAAAUGAAGAACAGUGCACGAAGGUUGCAGCAGCUGUUCGGAAUGCAAUCCAGUGCUACCGUGUCAUCUAUGACAAGAAAAAAAGAGCUACUACCCAGACAUCACUGGAUCAUUUUUUCAAGAGGGUAGAUAGAAUUGAAUCCAGCAAGGAACCAGAACCUGUGCCAUCAGCGUCAGGCGUGAGUGAAAUUGCAGCUUGCCCUCCGUGUCCUGUUGCUGACGAUCCUUCAGCUCUACCAUCUCCCAGCUCCUCUCCCUCCUCCAGUCAGUAACUCUUCUUGCCUGUUCACUCAGUGCCAGUCCCUGUAUGCCAGCUGUUGUACUGUACUUUUCAAGGUACUGUACUGUAAGAUUAAAAAUGUUUUCUUCA